AAUAAAUAAACGAAAAUGGUCUUAGCGGACCUAGGACGUAAGAUUACGUCUGCUUUGCGGUCGCUCAGCAAUGCGACCGUAAUAAAUGAAGAAGUAUUAAAUUCUAUGCUGAAGGAAAUAUGUGCAGCAUUGCUCGAAGCUGAUGUAAAUAUUAGGUUAGUCAAGAAAUUAAGGGAAAAUGUUCGCACCGUUAUUGAUUUUGAUGAUAUGGCUGGAGGUCUUAAUAAGCGACGUAUGAUACAAAGUGCUGUUUUCAAAGAAUUGGUGAAAUUAAUAGAUCCUGGUGUAAAAGCAUAUCAACCUGUGAAAGGCCGUCCUAAUGUGAUCAUGUUUGUUGGCUUACAAGGAGCAGGUAAAACAACAACUUGUACCAAAUUGGCUUAUCAUUAUUUAAAAAAAAAUUGGAAAGCAUGUUUAGUUUGCGCGGAUACAUUCCGUGCAGGUGCGUAUGAUCAAAUAAAACAAAAUGCUACUAAAGCAAGAAUACCAUUUUAUGGAAGUUAUACAGAAGUGGAUCCAGUGGCUAUUGCACAAGAAGGUGUAGAAAUGUUUAAGAAAGAAGGCUAUGAAAUUAUUAUUGUUGAUACCAGUGGAAGACACAAACAAGAAGAAUCAUUAUUUGAAGAAAUGUUACAGGUUGCCAAUGCUGUUCAACCAGAUAAUAUAAUAUUUGUAAUGGAUGCAACAAUAGGUCAAGCAUGCGAAGCUCAAGCUAAAGCUUUUAAAGAACGUGUUAAUGUUGGAUCUAUCAUUAUAACAAAAUUGGAUGGUCAUGCGAAAGGUGGAGGUGCUUUGUCUGCUGUUGCAGCAACGCAAAGUCCUGUAACAUUUGUUGGAACAGGAGAACAUAUAGAUGAUUUGGAACCAUUUAAAACAAAACCAUUUAUUAGCAAGCUAUUGGGUAUGGGAGAUAUAGAAGGACUUAUCGAUAAAGUAAAUGAAUUGAACCUAGAUGAUAAUGAAGAAUUACUUGAAAAAAUUAAACAUGGUCAAUUUACUUUAAGAGACAUGUAUGAACAGUUUCAAAAUAUCAUGAAAAUGGGUCCAUUCUCGCAAUUAAUGGGAAUGAUUCCUGGAUUUAGUCAAGAUUUUAUGUCAAAAGGAACUGAGCAAGAAUCAAUGGCCAGGUUAAAGAGACUUAUGACUAUUAUGGAUAGUAUGAAUGAUGCGGAAUUAGACAGCAGAGAUGGUGCCAAAUUAUUUAGUAAACAACCAGGAAGAAUUGUGAGAGUAGCACAAGGUGCUGGCAUAACAGAAAAAGAAGUUAAAGACUUAAUAACACAGUAUACAAAGUUUGCAGCUGUUGUGAAAAAAAUGGGUGGUAUCAAAGGCUUAUUCAAAGCAGGCGAUAUGGCUAAAAAUGUUAAUCCAACACAAAUGGCGAAAUUAAAUCAUCAAAUGGCAAAAAUGAUGGACCCACGUGUCUUACAACAAAUGGGUGGUAUGCCAGGCCUUCAGAAUAUCAUGAAGCAAUUACAACAGGGAGCAGCAGGUGGAUUGGGUAAUUUAAUGGGUGGUUUUGGAGGUAAAUCUUGAAAGAAUGAUGUAGGCAGUGCAGUUACUGCCAGGACGUACUGCCGUUCACAGUCAUCGAGGAAAUAUCGAAUUUAAAUUGCCAUCUAUAGUACAGAAAAGAGGAUCGUGCUACAAAUAUAUACAGGGAAUAUAUUUUACGAACCUUGGGAUUGUGCAGAAUUAACAUUGAGUGAAAAGUCACUGAUGUACCAUUUUAAAUAAACAUUUAAUUCGCAUAUUAAUUUGACACAAUAAAUGUUUUAAUGUACAUUCAAUAAAUUAGAUACCACCGGGAAA